AUGGCGACCUGGCAUUUUUUCAAACAGUUAACCUGCACACUUGGCGCCCAUUCCACGGCCAUAUCCCGCCCUCUAAUGCGCUCAUCACCUUCUUCUCUCUCACUCUCAUCAUUACUUCCUUUUCUCUCCAAACACCACCACAAAGUUAGUCACCAUUGGCGUUCCCAUAACAUCCCAAUCAAAUUCAAAAUUCAUAUCGCAGCAACUUCUUCCACCGCUCUACCACACAAGCCUUCAACUCCAUAUCAUUCGGUUCAGAUUCAGUGUCCUAAAGAUAAUGCAGAUAUGCUUGGAGAAGCUCUUUUGUGCUUUGGUGCAACUUCUGUUAGCGUGGAUCAUAAUGAUGGCUGUCAAACAAUAGAUGAGAUUUGCAUUACUUCUAUCUAUCCUGAAGGUGAGGAUAUAAAUUUAAACAUUUCCCAUGCGUUUGAUUCUAUUGGUUUCAAGGAGAAACCAAGGUACGAAAUUAAAGCUAUUGAGGAGGAGGACUGGAUAAAGAGAUCCCAGGAAUCAUUUCACCCCGUAGAAGUUACUAAAGGCUUGUGGGUGGUGCCCGAGUGGAGUACUCCGCCUGAUGUUCAAGCAACAAAUAUAAUUCUCAAUCCUGGACAUGCUUUUGGAACAGGAGAACAUGCCACCACUAAACUUUGUCUAUUAUUCUUGCAUGGUUGUAUAACUGGAGGAGAAUACAUCUUAGACUAUGGCACGGGCUCUGGAAUUCUUGCAAUUGCAGCUCUUAAGUUUGGUGCUUCCUUAGCAGUUGGAGUUGAUAUAGAUGCAGAAGCAAUUGCAUCAGCAUAUCAAAAUGCUGCCCUAAACAACAUUGGACCAGACAGAAUGCAACUGCAGCUCAUUGCUAGUGAAAAUACUUUACCCUCCAAGGGUGACGGGACAUCUGGAGUUGUAAAAGGAGAAAACACUAUUGAGAUACAAACUGUUACUGACAAGGAUAAGUAUGAUGUGGUCAUUGCAAAUAUACUCUUAAAUCCUUUAUUAGAUAAUGCUGAGAAAAUCAUCUCCUGUGCAAAUCCCGGAGCAAUUAUUGCUCUCUCUGGUAUAUUAUCUGAACAGGUUCAUCACAUCAUAAAAAGAUAUUCCCCAUUCUUAGAAGGCAUACAAGUUUCCAAAAUGGACGACUGGGCUUGCGUGAGUGGUAGAAAAAGUAGGAAUUCGGAUGCAUGCUGA